UUCGGUCAUAUCAAUUGUCAUUUGUCAAAUAUCAUGUGUCACUUUUGUUUUGGAAUUUUUGAAAGUGGGUGUGAUUUGUAGUUGUUUAAAACAUUAAAAAGUAUAAUCAAAGAAACCCUCACAAUAAUAAGAACCUUAUUUAAAAAUGAGUUCGAAGUCAAAGACGGGUCGUUUUGCUCUAGGUUUCUUUUCUCUUUCAUCUCUUUUCAUUAUCAUAGCAUUUGUUAGUCCCUACUGGUUAGUAACGGACGGUAAACUUAAAAAUCCCAAGUUUUUAAGGAUUGGUUUAUGGGAGGUAUGCUUUAAUGGAUUUGAAGAGGUCCAUCAUUGGUAUGACACAGUUUUCAAAGGGUGCUGGUGGAUUUUCGAAGAAGAAUAUUAUAUUAUUCACGACAUCUUAUUACCAGGAUUCUUUAUAGCAACACAAUUUUUCUUCACAGUAACAGUGUGCUGUGUAUUAAUAUCAAUUUUUCUUUCCUACUUAUACAUGAAAAAGGAUCAAGAUGAUGAUAAUUAUGUUACUCUUUUGCUGACUUUUGGGACGGUUCUUGUUAUAGGAGGUUUUUCUGGCCUUGUAUCUGUGGCCACUUUUGGGGCAAGAGGAGAUGGUAGGGACUGGAUGCCUAAUUGGGAACACAAUGAUAUCGGUUGGGCAUUUGCCCUGGGUGUUGUUGGUGUAAUUUUCCUUUUCCCUGCUGGUAUAUUGUUCUUAAUAGAGGCUAGAGUUCGUAAAUACAAAAGAUUAAAUGAGAUGCAAAGUAGGGAGCCCUCGGCAUACACAAUGCAUGAAAGGAAAUCUGCUUAUCCAGGCCAUACAGAUAUUUAAAUAUUGAUAUACCGUGUUUUUAUCCUUGCAAAGAAUUAUAUGAAAAUAAAUAUUUUGUAACUAAUUCCGUCCACUUCUGAUGAACUUGUUUAUUAAAGUUUGACUGCAUUUUUAAGUGACUUUUUAUAAAAUAUUUGAAUUAAGUAUUUUAUACACAUACUAAUUUUUUUUUUUAUUAGAUUUAAGAAUGCAUUUAACAAAAGUGACUGAAGGAACAUCUAACAAUUAUUUUGAAUCUCUUGAUUUUGUUUUAUUUUUGUAUAAUUUAGUGAAGUGACUUCUAUUAUACAUGUAAGAUUUUGAUAUUUGUAUUUAAAAGUAUAUUUGUUUGUAGUAUUAUAACAUGGAUAUAUGUAUAUAUGUGUGAAUUUACCAUCUCAGUUAACUCAACAGAUUGUGUCACUUGAGUUGUGCUUUGUACUUUUAUACACUAUAUUUUAGGUAAUUUCUGUGGGUUUCUUUUUAUCCCUCUAACAGUGUUAAGUAAUUACAAGUACUUGAUUAUGAUACAAAUUACUUUUGUAAUAAAUUGUCGAGAGUGAAUUAAACUUUUUAAUGUUUGAA